GCAAAAAUGGAAAAAUACUACUACGCAUUCACCAUCUUCUUCAUGCUAGUAGGCAUAUUGGUACCAAUGGCAUUUACUCUCGAAAGGGCGGAAAUGUCGGGGAAAUCUUGCUGGUACAUAUGGCGUAAAGGAUGGCAUAGAUAUGAUAUAAGCGAUUACAUCCUGCCCACUAAAAACCUUACUUUCUUGAUUAUGCUUUGUAUAGGUAUCAUUACUACUUUGUCGGUCGAGUUUCGCGUUACCGUAAAUGGGCAAGUUGCCAAUAUUUAAGGUCAUAAUACAUAG